UUUUAUUAGUUAGUUUUAAAGAAUGUGCUGUGAUAACCAAAGAUGUAUUUAUUAGUCGUUAUAAAUAUUUUAUUCUUAUUAUUUCCCUUAUAUAUUACCGCAAGCGAAAAUUCCCGACACAAAAAUGAAUUGGAAGAAUUAACUAAAACGUUUUUUAAUAAUUUAAGAGCACUGCCAGAAUUAUUGGAAGAGACACAUUUGUCUGAAAAAUCCAAAGAAUUUAUUCAAAAACAGAUUAACUAUUACAAAAACCUUAAUUUUCUGGAAGAUAAGGAAUCAAGGUUAAAAAAACGCAGUUCAAAUGAUCAGUUGGUUAAUUACACUAAGAUAUUGUUGGAACUGUCUCCAAUUUUAAAUAUACCAAGCGAAUAUCCUUUGGACAUAGUUCUAGGAAAAAAGGAUUUCCAUACGUAUGCAAUAACUUUAGAAAAGUAUGGGCAAUUAUUAACAAUAUAUAAAUAUAAUAACAUAACUUUUGAAAAGCAAGUGUCCAUUUCUAUAACAAAUGGUGUAAAGGUCGAUGCAUUUCCAUUAAAAUCAUCCCUUAUAAUCGCAGUGGCUGAAAAUAGAAAUACAUCCAAUAAACUGGAAGAAAAAACAAAAAUAUAUGAGUGGGAUUUCAGAAAUAGUUUAAAAGUUCGUCAGUCGAUUGAUGUUUCAUACGGAAGCGAUGUAAAAAUAUGGAAAUAUAAUGAGGAUAUUUUUAUGUCAAUUUUAAACUACAAAAACUCCAAUAACGAAUUUGAAACUGUAUCUCCAAUAUACAAAUGGACAGACAAAUAUUUUGAUGUCAUCCAAAAUAUUGAGACCAGUGGUGCGAAAACGUUAACACCCAUAUGGAUAAACGAUUUGCAUUUUUUGGCGGUAUCAAACUCAAAAAGGAAUUCUGGUAAUACUAAAACAUAUUCAGAAAUCUUGAAAUACAACACCCAAGCUGAAAAAUUUAUACCAUAUCAAAGAAUAUUAACACAGGGUUGUCAUGAUAUCAAAUAUUUUAAAAUAAGAAAAACCAACGAAUUUUUUUUAGCAGUUGCAAAUACAUAUAAAACAGACAAAAAUGGCACUAUUAAUUAUAACACCAACUCGUUUAUUUAUAAAUUUGUUGAUGAAUAUUUUAUGCCUCUCCAAGUUAUUCCCACAAAUGGUAUUAUUCAAUGGGAACCAGCUGCUGAUAUGGAAAACGGGUUUGUUCUUUUUUCAUUGGAUAAAAACGGUCAAAUAUUACCAUAUUACUAUGAUGGUUGGAGAUUUUCCUCGGAAAAACUUGCUGGAAUUAAAGCAACCAAUACAAUAAAGGCCAUUAGUUCAUAUUAUUUAGACAAAAAACUAAUUUUAGUCAUAACAAAUUCCAGUUCUAAUAUCGACAAUAUUAAUGUUUACGAAAUAAAAAUAGCACACGAUGAUAAGCUGGAAAGAAAAUACAAUGAUAUGCUUAGCUGGUGCCAGAGUAGUAUUAAAAAUAUUAAAGAAAACAAUAAACAUCCCAUCACCAAAAGACAAACUAAAUUUGAAACAACAUCUUUUACAUCCUUAGAAAAAAUACACCAAUCUUUAGAUGAAUGCAAACUCCAGGUGAGCGAACUCGAAAAGAAAUCAAAAAACACUUAUCAAUUUAACAGCAAACAUAUCAUCGAUCAUAACAUUGAAGCUAACCAAAUUAUAUUUACCAAAAAUUUAGAAAUAAUGAACACCCAAACCAAAUCAAUUAAUGGCAUAAAUUUACACGAUUUAAAAGAAAAUAUUAUCGAUAUUAGAAAAAAUACACACAUUAAAACCCAAAUAAGUUUUGAAACUUUACAAGUCAAUAAUUUCUCUGAAAUAACAGUAAUUAACAACCACCAGGUAAAAGAUAUUAUGCAUACUUAUGAUAAAAUGCAUUUGGAGUCAUUGAAAAUAAAUGGAGAGGCUGAAUUUAACCACAACAUCUACACAUCAAGUGUAAAUAAUAUGCAGCUAGAUAAAAGCAAUGUUUUACUCAGCAAGGGUAAUCAAAAAUUCGAAAAUUUCCACCAUGGCUCAAUUAUUGUCGAUGAUCUGCAAGCCAAAAAUCUGAAUGAACUGGAUUUGACUAAUCCUGAUGCAUUUAAACAUAUUGGAGAGACGAUUAAAAAGCUUGAGACUCUACGUGCUAAAAAUGUCGUUGUUGGUGGUUUUCUAAAUGAUAUCGAUGUGAAAACCCUACAUAAGUAUGCUUUAAGAAAGUCUGGUGAUCAAGUAAUAUCAAAGCCAUAUUUCUUCGACUCUUUAGAGGCCAAUAAUAUGUUGAUUGAAGGGUUAUUGCGUGAGAAAAAUGUUUUGGAUUUAAUUUCAAUAAGUAACGGCGUUUAUGAUACAAAUAAGGAUGUAUUGUUUAAUAAAGAUGUAUAUAUUGUUAGCCUUAAUGCCACUAAAUCAGUUGAUGGAAUUCCAGUUAAAAAUGGACAGCUGAUGGUUUUACUAAAGGAUUCAGAUAAAACACAGUACAUAAAGGGAAAGAAGUUUAUCGAUAACCUCGAUAUAUUAAAUCUAAUAAGACUACGUGGCAAGAUUCUUAACAAAGAACUCUCAGAGAAGAACACAUUAGCCAUAGUGAACGAUAAAUUAAAGUUAGACAACGAUAUAAGAAUAUCAGGUGAUGUCACCAUCGAAGCCCUUCUUAACUGCAAAAACGUUGUAACUCAAGAUCACCAACUUUCACUCAAACACCUCAAAUCCGAAGGUCUUCUAUUGGAGGACUCGGAAAUACCACUUCAUCUAAAUUUAGUUCAACCGCUGGAAGUGGUCGAGAUUUACGUCGAUAAAAUUAAUAAUGCCUCUACGAGUUCGUGGGUUUUAACAGGGGUUAACGAAACUCAAUUGAUUGAUGGAUGGAAGCAAGUUGUAGGGGAUUUGGCUGUUACAGGUGGCACCAGUGCUUAUAAAAUUAACAAUAUCGAUUUGUCCGAUAUGGAAAAUAAUAUUUUGUUGAAGCACGGCGAUCAGGAUAUUAGUGGUAAACAUGUUCUCAAGCAUCUUGUUGCAGAAAAUGGUAUGUCAUACGAAACCCUUUCCUUUGGACAAAACCAAUGGGAUGACGUAUUAACAAUAUCUGGAGAACAAACCCUAACAGGAAACAACGAAUUUGUUCAAGACACAACUUUUGAUAACGCAAGGGUUUCUAAAAUUAUUAUGAAUGGUUUUAUAAAUGGUAUUGACUUAAGUGAAGCACUUAAUGAUGUAGUUAUUAAAAAUUCCACCCAAAAGAUAUCAGGUCAUAAAAUAUUUAAAAAUUUAAAUGCAGAAGAAAUACACGUUGGCGAUGAUAAUAUUAAAAAUACAAUGGAAAUGGUGAAAGAAGAGUUAAGCAAAAUUGAAAUAAAUCAAAAUGUACAUAUUACCGAUAAACUUAAUACAAAGAACGUCUUUGUCAAAAAUCUUUUAAAUAAUAAACCAUUAAGUGAAGUUAAUAAAAAUGAUGAUACUGCUGAUAAUAAUGAAUUGCUUGAAAUAAAUGAAGACCUAGACUUUGACACCAUUACCAUUUUCAGCACUGCUUACAUAUCCUCAAAUAAAAUUAACGAUAUCAGUUUAGAUCAUAUAGUUAAUGGAUCUGUUAAAAAAGAUGAACCAUUUGAUUCCAAAAAUAUCGUUUUUGAAAAUUCUAUUACCAUCAAUAAGACUCUACAACUGGAUGGCCAAAUUGAAAGACUGGAUUUAAACAACAUCAUUAACUCCAACCCAAAUCAAACUCAGGCACUUGAAGAUGAGAAAAUAUUUAAUAACGCUUUUGUUGUUAACGGAAAUGUUUAUAUCGAUGGGAAAUUAAAUAAUUUGGACUUAAACAAAAUGUGUUUCAUGAAAAACCCUACAAAUCUUAAUAUUAAAGGGAACGUUGUUUUUGCCAAAGGACCAAAAGUAAGAACUAUCAACAAUCAUAUUGUUGACGAAAUUUUAAACAAUGCUUGGUUUGUUGAUACUACAACCUCUAUCAAUGAAAAUAUUAGGUUGAAUGAUGUACAAUUUCUGGAUAAUGUUACAAUUCAAGGAUCUUUGAACAGUGAAAAAUUGGAUCAACUAGCCAAAACUUAUUUAAGUAAAUCAAGAAACCAAACAAUUUUUGCCACUUAUACUUUUGAAGAUGAAGUACUUUUUGUAAAGGAUUUAAUUUCUCCAAUCAUUAAUACAACUGGAAAUAUAAACGAAAUAAACUUCUCUGCAUUUUUGCAAACUGUUUUGUUAAAUAACACUGAUCAAAUUUUUGAAACUCCUGUGUUUAUAGAAAACUUUAUAACCGGAGUUGUUAAUGGAGAGUAUAAAGUCAAUGAUUUGGAUUUGGAAAGCCAAGUAAUGAGAUAUGAUGUGGAAAAUAUAGUAACAGGAAAGAAAUCUUUUGAAAGUAUGAAAGUAAAUACUCUACACAUUAAGGAUCAUUUAGAAGUACAAAAAAUCGCAUUGGCUAAAUGGCUUAGAAAUGUUUUGCAAAAAGAAGGAGCAUACCAAGUCCAAGGAAACUAUACAUUUAAUGUGCCACCUACUUUUGAAAGUGGAAUAAGUCUUAAAGGAACUUUGAAUGAUAUAAACUUCAACAAAGACAACAUCAUGAUGGCUGAUAUUCCACAAGAAAUAACAGGUCAAAAAACAUUUAAAAGUGAUCCAUUGGAUCCAAUCCAUUUCAAAUCAGUCAAAAUAAAAAAAGGAGCGAUAAACGGAGUUUUCUUCUCGGAACUUAUGAGCAAUGAAGCGCGCUUAGACAAAGAUUCAACCUUUGAGAGUCCCAUGAAGUUUCACAAUAAUAUUACAGUGGAUAAUAUUAAUAUAAAUAAGCUUUAUAACGGUGUUAAUGUUACGGAGUUGCUAAAAAAUAUUUCCUCUUUGAAUUCGUUAAAUAACUUUGAUGAUAAUUAUUAUGAUCUAAAAAUGAUGGCGCAAAAAAUACAAACAUCACUGGAAAAUCAAGCGUACUUUUUAAACUAUUUUAAGCUUGUCAUGACCCUAAUUAAAACAAACCAUAUUAUGGGAAUGACUUUAGAAGAUAAUAUUGAUAUAAUGUUAACUUUUUCAAAUAGAAGCAAUAUUUUGGAAGUUGGAAAAUUUGUUUUAAAUCCAGAUGCUGUAACCAUUUUACCACAAGAUGUGAUUGUAAUGGGGUCAUAUCCAAAUGUCAUUGUGAAAGUUAAAUUGGGUAAUAAAGACAUGUUGUACUUUGAAAGAGAACUCAAUAGGCAUAAUAACAAAGGUGCUUCCCACAUUGGAGAAAUUGUUAAUAUCAAACCAAACAAUACUGUGGACAUAUUAUAUAAAUUCAUAAACAACGGUUCUCAAUUUGUGUCAUCAUUUCAUUUAACAUCAAUAAAUGAAGAUUGUCUAGCUUUCAUCGAUCUAAGUGAAACAAAUAUACAAAUAGCAUGUGAAAAUAAUGGAAACAUCCAUUACCUGCCUCCUUUAAGCCACAGAACUGCACACGAGCUGCAAUUUAUGAAUAUCCUAAACGAAACGUACAUGGUGGUUAUUUCUCACGAGUUUGAACAUAAAGCAUCUUGCACAGAAAUUUUAAAAUUCGAUCCCACUUCAUUGGAGUUUAAAUCGCAACAAAUUAUAUACGAAGAUAAACCCAAAGCAGUUCACUCGAUACUUUAUAAUGGACAACAUUAUUUAGCGGUCGUUUCAGGCCAUAUGCAAAACACUAUGAUAUUUGGAGAGGUCACAAUAAGAAGAUUUAACUUCACUUCUAAACAAUUUGAAGUAUGGCAAGUUCUCAAUCUAAAGGCCCCACACAAAGUUCAGUUCAGUAUACUUCCUUCCAACGAGUUGGUACUCUACGUUUUAACCGAAAGUCCUACAGAACCUUUUAUCGUUUACAUUUACAAUGGAAUAUCUGGUUUUACCGAAAUUAUCAAGGGUUCCACCGUACCAAAAGCAAGAUACUUAAAAACAUUUACGUUAAAUAACAACGUAUUUGUGGCGACUGUACACAAAGAUGAAAUAAGCAUUAUGCAGGGCAUAUUUAAGGGAAAUAAAUUGCUAUUGUAGGCAGUUUUUAUGUACAAAGUGUUAUUUGUUAAUUUUUGUUUAUUUGUUAUAAAAUAUAACAUGUUAAAGU